CCGUGCGAUAACGAAAACGUAAGAUAACUCACUGGUCGCUUUGGAUGUUGGAUAAACGAGCUCGGCGAUGUGGAGAAGGGUUAACCAGCAAGGAAGAAGACAGGUCCACUCUUGAAUCCGAUCAUUCCUCCACUGUCCAAAUGUCCGAGUGUCUCAAGCUCGAGUCCGUCCGCAUUCCCUUGUCUAGAUAAGACGUCAAACUGAGACGCCGGCAAGGGUUCUUCAUGUCUUGCAACAAUAUGUGCAAACACAAUUAUCAGCCUGGAGCGAUCAAUCAAUGAUUUUUACUUAAGCCCCACCCAUGGCACUGCUGUGUAAACUGGAGCUCUAAUCUGUGAUAUUAGGUUUAUAUCACCCUUGCGCUCACACACGUGAUUACACGAGGAGCUCGCCUGUGCUUCCAAACACAAAUAAUCACUUGUUGCUGGCAUUGGGAGAUGCCCAGGAGCUUGGAAUCGGCAAGAUGACGCACCCUCCGGCCAAGCGCGAGAACAAAGACGAUGAUGACGACAGCAGCCUUCCGCCACCUCCCGAUGGCGGUUGGGGCUGGUUCGUGGUGUUUGGCUCCUUCAUGAUCCACAUUGUUGCCGAUGGUGUCACCUACUCAUUUGGAUUAUUUAUUGAUGAGUUCAUCAAGUACUUUGGUACUGGCAGUGGAGAGACGGCGUGGAUUGUUUCUAUUCUUGUGGGAGUUACACUAUGCUCUGGUCCUAUCACCAGCUCUCUAGUAAACAAGUAUGGGUGCCGUCCGGUGACCAUUGCAGGGGCAAUUCUUUCUUCAUUCUGUUUGGCCAUAAGCAUAUAUGCGCCUAGUGUCAAAGUUCUUUAUUUGACAAUCGGCCUUGGGACAGGCUUUGGUUUUGGAUUGAUUUACUUGCCAGCAAUUGUCUCUGUGACAACCUACUUUGAACGGUUGCGCUCACUCGCCACUGGUAUUGCGGUCUGUGGCUCUGGUCUGGGCACUUUCAUCUAUGCACCCCUCAUCCGUUACAUGAUAGCCACCCUUGAGUGGAGGAUAGCACUUCUCAUUGUUGCAGUAUCAGUACUGAGUUGCGUCUUCUUUGGGGCGCUAUUUAGGCCUCUGGAAAAGAUCACAUCUCGCCAAACAGCUGAAGAUGGAAUUGCUGCGGAACUUAAGCCAUUGAAUAUCCAAAAUAUUCAGAAAUCAGAUGACCCUAGCACCUGGAGGCACAGUGUCUGCAAUGGUGACACCCCCAAGGAGGGAGAAUGGGGAAAUACAAAUGGUCUUUUGGCGCCUCCAACCAAAGCAAACAGCUGCUCCGCUCAUGACAUUGGCCGACAGCAUCCCAGUGACUUGAGACCCGUGAACGGCGGACAUGUGGGCCGAUUUCUUCAAUCUGAGACGGCACGAAUGACUAUGAGCCACCCUGCCUUGCUGCACCCUCACCCCCGUACACCUACCCCUAGACACAGAGGUGUUAUGGACAGGCCUGAUGUGUUUUAUCGAGGAAGUCUCGCAAACAUUCCAAUGACCAAAUCUACACCAAAGCUGAAUUUACCUGGCUCUAACCAGGAUGUAGUUAAAAAUUUACCUAUUAUCGUAACAGAACCUCCAACACCCGUUAGAGAAAUUCUAAAGGAUGUGGUCGUUACUGAAGAAUCGGAGGGUUGCUGGGGCUUGUCUAGCACAAUGAAGGAAAUGCUUGAUUUCUCCGUGCUCAAAAAUCCUGUUUUCAUCCUAUUCACCGUUUCAAAUUUCUGCACAAGUGUUGGCUUCAACAUACCCUAUGUUUAUAUUAAGCCACAAGCCAAUAGUUUAGGUAUAGAAGACACCAAAGCCUCAAUGCUUUUGGCAGUUAUUGGAAUUGCCAAUACUGUUGGCAGGAUUGUCCUCGGCUAUAUUUCGGAUAAGCCGUGGGUCAAUAGGCUUUUGGUCUAUAACACGUGCCUCACAAUUUGUGGCCUAUCAACUAUGGCCAGCGUUCUGUGCUAUGACUAUAUAAGCCUUGUGAUCUACACAUCUGUGUGGGGUUUUACUAUUGGAGCUUAUGUUGGGCUGACUUCAGUGAUAUUGGUAGAUUUGCUAGGCCUCGAAAUGCUGACAAAUGCCUUUGGAGUGCUUCUCCUUUUCCAGGGUAUUGCUUCGCUCCUUGGACCUCCCAUUGCAGGUUGGUUGUUUGACGCUCUCCACUCAUACAACCCAGGCUUUUUGGUAUCAGGUGUUGCGAUUGCUGCCAGUGGGGUCAUGCUGUUUGCCAUUCCUAUGCUUCAAAGGUCUCAGCUUGCUUCACAAAGACCUGGCAGGAACUGAACUCGAAAAUAUUAGCUUUUUUUUUAACUUUAAGAAGUGGAAGGACUACAUGAUUUUCUAUUAUUUCUGCUGUUUUUAAUCUUGAAUUUAUAUUAUAAAUUUGCUUCUGCUUGUAUGUAAUUUUGAAAACAAUUUUUCUAUUCCUCGACUUCCAUUUUUAUAACGUUUUCUGCGACUAUGCUCUAGCUGUUUAUGCUAUGCGCAAUUCACAGUCAAGCUCUCUUUAAACAUUAUGCACAGUUUGUCAGUGCUUCUCAAUUUUUAUAGCUUGUUUCUUACUUGCUAGCACACAAAUUGACUCUGCAUCAUAGUGCCUAAGACAAAAAGAACCAAUUUACAAGAACAAAAAAUAUAAUAUGAAUCAAAAUUGCAGCUCUGAAAAUAUUUCAUACAAUGAUUGUUGCUUUAUACAAAUAACAGCCCAAGAAAAUUUUCAGAUAAAGAAAAGCAAUGCAAUCAAUGCACACCUUUCACUUAAACUUUUCUCCCGUGCCAACUAAAAUACUAAGCUGCAAAAUAUUUUUCUAGAUUUUUAGCUUAUAUGGGUUUAAAUUAAGAAAAAUAUCAUAAAUCAUUAAAUAAUAAAUUGCGCCAAUGAGGUGUGAUAAAAUUAAUGCUCCUUCAGCAAAUUACUCCUUCUGAGGAAAAAAUGACUGAUCUCUUACAAAUCACUCUAUAUAAAUUCAUUUUAAUAUUAUUAUUUUUUCAGUUACAAUUGUAUUUGAUUGUCAGGAGAUCAGUUGUGUUUCCGUGGAAGGAGCAAUAUUCUGUUGAAUCAUAAGAGAUUUGUAAGAAAUUAUUAAUUUUAUCCAUUCUUAUUGUUCCUAAUAUUUAUAUUGGUCACUUGCCAUUGUUAAGUAAUGAGGUUGCUAUCAAAAUAAAUGUAUGAAUGUGAUGCGAGAUAUCUGGAGUAAUCUCUGGUUUACAAGUUUGGUUGAAUUUAAUGAUUGAAACGUUAAUUUUAUGAAAAUCAGUGUUUGUUGAAAAAAACAGUGAUUAAUAAGUAAGUUACAAUGUUAUGUUACUUUGUAAAUAAUAUAGUCAACUCAAAUAAAAAUGUGCUAUAUCAUUUUAA